CCCGCUCCCUCCCUGCAGGAGGAGAGUGAGUUGAUCAUCGAAGGGCUGCUGAACAUUUCCUGGGGUUUGCGGCGUCCGAUCCGAUUACAGAUGCAGGAUGAUAACGAGCGACUCCGACCCCCUCCGUCCUCCACCUCCUGGCACUCUGGCUGCAGCCUCCAACCUGAGAGGCUCCCUAAGACCACGUUUCUCAUCCCAGAUGUGAAAGUGGACGAUGCCGAGAGUCUGUCUGAGGAGAAGGAGCCUGGCCCACGCACUGACAACGCAGAUUCCCAGGGAGAGGCUGCCAGCUCCCAGCUGAUGAGGACCAAGAGUGACGCGGGGGCACUGAUCGUUCGCCGUGCCAACCUCCGCUCGCCCAGCGACAAGCGCAGGAUCCGCCGCCAACGCUUCUCCAUCAACGGUCACUUCUACAACCACAAGACAUCUGUCUUCACACCAGCGUUCGGUUCCGUGACUAAUGUUCGUGUCAACAGCACCAUGAGCUCUCUGCAGGUUCUCAACUUGCUUCUGAACAAGUUUAAGAUCGAGAACAGUUCCGACGAGUUUGCACUUUAUAUUGUCCACACCAGCGGAGAAAGGACCAAGUUAAAGGAUUCUGACUAUCCUCUGAUUGCCCGCAUCCUGCAGGGACCUUGUGAAGCCAUAGCGAAAAUCUUUCUAAUGGAGAAGGAUCUUGGGGAAGAGGUCACCUACGAUGUUGCCCAGUAUAUCAAGUUUGAAAUGCCAGUGCUGCAGAGUUUCAUUGUCAAACUGAAGGAAGAGGAAGAUCGAGAGGUGAAGAAAUUAACACGCAAGUAUUCAGUCAUGCGUGCUGUUCUGGAGACGCGAGUACAAGAGUUAACAGAGUCCUGGGCACAGAUUUGAAGCCUGGCACAGCGGGUAGAACAAAUGGCACAAGACAUUUAGAUGUGGGCACUCUUUCGGAUGUUGGUAUUGGGUGACAAUGCCAUGACUAUGCACUUGUCAAGCUCCUGUGGAGUGGGACCUUGGCACCUCCCAAACUGUCAGCUGUCAGGAGCUGGGAGGUGGGUGAGUGGGUGGGUGUGGAGGUUCCUAAAUGGGGGUUGUCCUGUGCUCUUUGGGAAGGGAUGCUUUAUCUUCAGAAACACUCCAAUAAAUCCAGCCAAUGAACCAAAUCCUCCUCUUCUCCCAUCCACCCCACAGCCCUUUGUUCUGUCCCGUGAACAUUUGCAGAGGUUGGAGUGGGGGGGGAGGCUAGUUGAACCAGGAACCUGAUGCCUGGAGUCACAUAGAGGCUAGACCAGCUUUGCACUGUUCCCUCUCAGCCUGUUGGUCCUGUCCACAAAUGACCAGUCCCCACUGAUGGGCCCUGGCAGGUUCGUCCCCACCCCCCUCGGCAUUUCCCAGUCAAGGUUGAGGUUCAGGAGAGCAGAAUUCCUCCUCCUCUUGCCUCCAUGUUGGCAUCUCCUAUUGUCGAGCUCUCCCAUUUUUGCCGGAUCGGUGAACUGGAGCAGACUGGGAAUGGGAGUCCCAGAAUAUUCCAACACAUCUCCACUCACAGAUGCCUAAUGUCAUACUCAAACCCUGACACACAAGGAGUGAAAGUGUACGUGGUGGUAGUGAUCCUGGUGUGGGGCAGGGGGAAGAAUCCUCUUCAGUCACAGCACAGAAGCGAUGCUACACUCGAAACAAGGUGAAGUCUCCAUCCUGUUAGCAUGGGGCUGCUCUCCGAGAGAGGGGAGACUGGUGGAGAUCAUGAUGCCUCCGGAAGGAAGGUGUAGAUUAAGAAUCAGAGACCUCCAUGAUAACUUCAGCCGAGGUGGGAAUCGAACGAGCCGUUGGUGUCACUCUGCAUCGGAAACCAGCCAUCCAGCCAACUGAAUGCCCCUCCUCCCUGUGUAGGCUGGGGUGGAGUGGACGGAGGCAGUGGGGGAGGUGUGUGAGAGUAACAUUAAUGAACAGAGGGAAUCCUGCACAUGACUGAGGUGCAGCUUUUGCAGUGUCCCAUUGGUCCCCUCACCUGACUGACCAUGUUGAGCCUCAGGGACAGGAUGUUGUAACUGAAGGCAGUCUCUGAGUUGCGAGCUGAGUUGGUGAUCUGGAAGGGAGACCGCAUAGGGCCACAACAGUGCUGUCAUUCAGGAAGCAUGUGUUCAUGUGAUGAAAUUCCAUGGAGGAGGUUUGGAAUAGGUUAGGGAUAACUCCCAUUCUCCACAAUGGCUGACUGCACUCCGUAUUCCCAGUCAGUCAGAUCCAAUUGCUCCAAAAUUCCACCCAUUUGGCCGUCUCUGGUCCAAAGGGCCGAAUGGCCCAUACCUGCUUCUGUAUUUCUCAGUGAAUGCCGUGUAAUCAAAAAAUGACCUCAACUUGAGUACAAAAAAAGGUUUUUUUUUGCUGUGUUCUCCUUUCAAUUGUUGAUAUUUCUGAUUUGAUGAAAAUUUGGCUGGUGGUGUAUAUUUAAGACUGGGUAGAGAGAUUCUCGGUCUGUCAGAUCAGCCAGGAUCCUGUUGUUCAGCGGGAAAGGUGGGGUGCUGUGGUGUAUUAACUUAUUCCCUGAGGUUGUGGAGUCAAAGCUCCAGGCAGUCUGCCAACAGACUCAGCAUCACAGGUCAGCUGGCCCAAGGAAGUGUGCACCCCCCACACACUCCACACCCUGACUCCUUACCCAUCCUGACAAGGUUUCUGCAAGAUGCCCACAGUUCCCAGGUGCUUGAUCCCUUUCUUCCUAACGCCCGGCAAAUCCCCUUUUGUGAGCACCACCCUGCUUCCCAGGACACAGCAUCGCCUUCCCAUCAGUGUUCAACCCGAACUUGAAGCAGACUGUAAGAAAUAGAUAUAUUUUUCUGUCGCAAUA